AUGCUGAAGUCUCCCGUUUAUAACUCCAAACAAGCCCUGUGUAUUUACCGUGGUCCAUUUCUUCUGAGUAAUAAUGUUGCCGAACCUAAUUUGCUUCCUAUUGGACGACAGAGUGUGAAACCAAACGCCGCCCCUCGCCUCUGCUUCGACUCUCCUAAUUCUGCCGUUAAAUCCUCCGCCGCGACUCCCACUGGGAACCCCGUUUCUGCCGCAGUUGUCGUCACUCUCAAACGGCCGCCCUUUCCAAGCAUUGAUGGUAUUACUCAUUUCUGGGCCACCAAAACCAAACCACCUGUUUUGGAGCUUCUCAGUGCUGACCUGGAUCCCACAACGGGACUGGAGAAGGGCACAAUAAAAGUGUAUGCCAAGAAAGUCGCCAGAGAGGAUGCUGAGGUAAUUAUGUAUGAUAUAAAGUUUGUAAUUCCGGCGGACUUCGGUGCAAUUGGAGCAGUUUUGGUCGAGAAUCAGCACAACAAAGAGCUGUUCCUCAAGGAUAUUGUCAUCCAAGGCCUUCCCACUGGCCCUGUUCGCUUCUCAUGUAAUUCUUGGCUCAGUCCCAAGUCUCACAGCGGUGAUAGGAGAAUCUUCUUUACCACCAAGUCCUACUUGCCAUCAAACACACCUGAUGGUCUAAAGAGGUUUAGAGCAAAAGAGCUAAGGAAUUUACAAGACAAUGGCAGUGGAAAGCGCGAGGCCCACCAUAGAAUAUAUGAUUAUGAUGUCUACAAUGAUCUCGGAGAUCCAGACAAUGGCGAUGAGUAUAAAAGACCAGUGCUUGGUGGUAAACAACAUCCUUAUCCUCGACGCUGUAGGACAGGACGUUCACGUUCACCAACAGAUCCGUUAUCAGAAGUGAGAAGUCUCAAUGUUUAUGUGCCACGAGACGAAACAUUCCUUGAAAUAAAACAGGUAAACAUGUUAGCAAAGGCAGUUUCUUGGAUGUUACAUUGCGUCGUACCAACUUUGGAGGCGGACACAAACUUGUGUUCCUCACACUUGUCUAACACAAACAAUCUUUCUAAACACACUUGGAAUCUCAAUACACUUCUUCGGAGACUUGUUGACUUCGUUGCUCAUAAGGUGGUGGAUGUCCUUCCAAGUCCUUCACAAACAUUUAACGGAGAUAAAUUCUUCUGGUUUAGAGAUGAGGAAUUUGCUAGACAGACCCUUGCAGGUCUUAAUCCAUAUAGCAUAAGGCUUGUCACGGAAUGGCCAAUUAAAAGUAAGCUUGACCCUUGUAUUUAUGGUCCUCCUGAGUCAGCAAUCACCGAUGAAAUAGUCGAGGAGCAAAUCAAAGGAUUCAUGACACUUGAUGAGGCGGUGAAACAAAAGAAGUUAUUUGCAUUAGAUUAUCAUGAUCUAUUCCUACCAUAUGUAACAAAGGUACGAAAGCUUAAAGGCAAAACACUAUACGGUUCGAGGACGUUAUUCUUCUUAAACCCAGAUAACACUUUAAAGCCAUUGGCCAUUGAGCUCACUAGGCCGCCAACCAACGCCAAACCACAAUGGAAAGACGUUUUCAAACCAUGUUGUGAUGCCACUGGCCUCUGGCUUUGGAGGAUUGCCAAAGCUCAUGUUGUUGCCCAUGAUUUUGGUUAUCACCAACUUGUUAGCCACUGGCUUAGAACUCAUUGUUCAGUAGAACCUUACAUCAUCGCUACACACAGACAACUUAGUGCAAUGCAUCCAAUUUAUAGACUUUUGCAUCCACAUUUUCGAGGCACCAUUGAGAUUAAUGCAGCUGCUCGCAAAACUCUCAUCAACGUAGAAGGGAUUAUUGAGACUGCUUUUUCACCAGGAAAGUAUUCCAUGGAAAUUACUUCUGUGGUCUACCAAAAGCAAUGGCAAUUCAACUUAGAAGCUUUGCCUGCUGACUUAAUUAAUAGGGGAUUGGCGGUUGAGGAUCCAAAUGCACCUCAUGGUCUAAAAUUGACUAUUGAAGACUACCCAUUUGCCAACGAUGCCCUAAUCCUUUGGGAAGCUAUCAAACAGUGGGCAACAGAAUAUGUGAAUCACUACUACCCAGAACCAAAUCUUAUCAAGUUAGAUGAGGAACUUCAAGCAUGGUGGAUGGAGAUUCGAACGGUCGGCCAUGGAGAUAAAAAGGACGAACCAUGGUGGCCGAUCCUCAACACUCCCAAAGACCUUAUAGACGUUGUCACCACCAUCAUGUGGGUCACUUCUGGUCACCACGCAGCAGUAAAUUUUGGACAGUAUUUUUUCACAAGAUACUUUCCAAUUCGGCCUAGUUUUGCCAGAGUGGACGUGCCCACAGAAGAUCCUAACUCAAGACUUUGGAAGUACUUCCUUGAGAAUCCAGAAAAAGUGUUCUCAGACACAUUUCCUACACAUGUUGAAGCAUCUGUGCUUCUGUGUAUUCUAAAUAUAUUGUCAACUCAUCCUCCAGACGAGAAGUAUUUGGGAGGGGAGAUGGAGCCGGCAUGGGGUGAGGAUGCAAUUAUAAAGGAAGCAUUUGAGAAGUUUAGUGGGAAAUUGAAGAAAUUGGAAGAGAUUAUUGAUGAAAGGAAUGGGAAUCCUAAAUUGAAGAACAGACAUGGAGCUGGAGUGGAGCCUUACCAACUUUUGAAGCCAUAUUCAGAACCUGGAGUCACAGGAAAGGGAGUUCCGUAUAGCGUUUCCAUUUAG